AUGCAUGCUCUUGCUGCUGAAACAAAAUAUUUAAUAAUUGAAGCAAGAUUAAAUUUAACUUUACUCAUUGGUUGUAUUUUAUUAUUAUCUUUUACAUCAAUUUUAUUAUCAAUAUGGGUUGCUAAAACAAUAACAAAUAGUACCAUAUCAUUAGGUACAAUUUUUAGUUAUUAUUUUGAUUUAGAUCGUAAUAAUACUGAACAAUAUAUAACAUGGUGGACACCAAUACAUAUGAAAUCAAAAGAAUUAGUUUCAAAAAGUUUUUCAAUUAAAACUACUAAUACAACAAUAAAAACAGCUCUAGUAAAAAUUCAUCAUAAUGAAUUUCCAAUAUUUCAUACGAUUAUUUUACCGUUUCUUUUUAUUUGCUCAAUUUUUCUUGCUAUACUUGCUUAUUAUGCACGUGUUCAAUGUACAACACAUGAUUUUGCUUGUGGUGCUAUACCAAAACUAUUAUUUGAAAGUGUUGAUUCAAUGAUUACGAAAAAUCCUAUUGUUAAAACAAGAGAAGUUGAAUCUAACAUUGAUUAUAUAAUUGUACAAGGAACAAAAGAAAAAUCUAUUAUAUUUGCAUUAGCUGAUAAACUUCAACCAUUAUAUGAAGAAGGAGAUAUAGUUGAUGAAGGAACUCAAUAUGAACCAGAAGAUAUUCUAAAAGUAAUUACACAUGUUUCAUCUACAUCUUAA